CUCACCUCUGUCACACAUGUUCAGACUCUGUCCACUGUUGUGGUCCUACUGAAGCUGUGAUCCGAUUGGUCCUCUCUGCUCUGGUGGGCGUGGCUACUGUCAUUAUUCUGGUUUAUGACAUCAGAUCCAGAAGAGCUGAACGAGAUCAAGCUCAUAUUCACACAUCAGGUGUGUUUGGAGUUAAUGGUGUUUGGCCAGUGUCAAUAAACGAGGGAGAUUCAGUCACUCUAAAUCUUACUGAAAUGAAGGAUGAUGAUGAGAUUCAGUGGAAGUUUGGAUACAGAAUCACUUUAAUAGCUAAAAUCAAUAAACAGACCAACAGCUUCACUGUAUAUGAUGAUGUUCUUGAUGGGAGAUUCAGAGACAGACUGAAGCUGGACAAUCAAACUGGAUCUCUGACCAUCACAAACACCACAAUGAAAAACGCUGGAUAUUAUAAAGUACGGACCAACAGUGCACGAAAGAGUUUCGACCUCACUGUCCGUGUAGUGAAAGAAAUAUCAGUGACGGAUGGAGAUUCAGUCACUCUACACAAUGAUCUAACUGAAAUGAAGGAUGAUGAUCGGAUUCACUGGAGUUUUGAAUAUGGACCUGUAAUAGCUGAAAUCAACAAAUGGGCCAAAAGCUUCACUGUAUAUGAUGAUGUUCUUGAUGGGAGAUUCAGAGACAGACUGAAGCUGGACAAUCAAACUGGAUCUCUGACCAUCACUAACACUGGAACCACAGACUCUGGAGUUUAUGAACUUGACAUCAACUACAUGAAGAUGAUUUUCAUUCUUAAUGUUGAUGACUCAGACUGUUGUGGUCCUACUGAAGCUGUGAUCCGAUUGGUCCUCUCUGCUCUGGUGGGCGUGGCUACUGUCAUUCUUCUGGUUUAUGACAUCAGAUCCAGAAGAGCUGAACGAGAUCAAGCACAUACUCAAACAUCAGAAAGUAUUGAAAUCUAAAGCAGAAAUCUGAACGUCAAGUGUGUUUUUGUUCUUCUAGUGUUUUUGUCAUAAAUACUGAUGAUUAUUUGAGCUUCUGCUCUCUCUUUCAAAGUCAGAUUUUUAAAAAUCCAAAUUUUAAAGGCUUUAUUGUUUAUAUUUUGUUAUAAGGCACACACAUCUCACUUUACUACUUCUGCUGUUCAUCUGUCAUAUGUAUUUGCUUGACUUUAUUAAUAAAGUUUUCUCACUCUGA